ACACGACAUUAAUAAUCAGAAAAACAUGUUAACAGCACUUUUAUGAAAAUUUAGGCAGAUUUAUGGAAAUAACCAUGAAAAAGUCGUCUGCCACUUGCAUGAAAAACCCUUUCUUUAUUUUUAACUCAGUGCAAACUGGUAAAAUUAGGUUAGAAUGAACGCGAGCCACUUCAUUGGUAAACUCGUUGCAUCCAAUUGGUAACAGCUGUCAAAUAUGCAAUAAUGGGGCUGGAUUGUUUAUUAUUUGUGUUAAAUGGCCCAUUUUUAACUUAAACGUGAUGGAUUAGUCACUAUAAUAUGGGUACCAAUAUUUCCCAACUGGAGAGAGAUAUUGGGUCGGAGCAGUUUCCUUGCAAUGAACACUACUUCGGUUUAGUGAACUUUGGGAACACUUGCUAUAGCAACUCAGUGCUUCAGGCCUUGUAUUUCUGUAAGCCCUUCAGGGACAAGGUGCUGGAGUAUAAGGCCAAGAACAAGAGGACUAAAGAGACGUUGCUCACAUGUUUGGCCGAUCUGUUUCACAAUAUCGCCACUCAGAAGAAGAAAGUCGGAUCUAUUGCCCCAAAAAAGUUCAUUGCCAGGCUGAGGAAGGAGAAAGAGGAAUUCGAUAACUACAUGCAGCAAGAUGCCCAUGAAUUUCUUAACUUCUUAAUCAACCACAUUAGUGAAAUUAUUUUGGCUGAAAGGCAACAGAACAGUACCAAUAACUCUUCAGCCACAACUAAUAAUGUUAUUAAGAAUAAGGGGGCUGGAGAAAAUGGUACAACCACCUUACCGCAAAACCAUCCGGAACCCACAUGGGUGCAGGAAAUUUUUCAGGGAAUUCUUACGAGUGAAACAAAGUGCCUGAAUUGCGAGAACAUCAGCAGCAAAGACGAGGACUUUUUCGAUUUGCAAGUGGACAUUGAACAAAACACAUCGAUCACGCAUUGUUUGCGGUGUUUUAGUAAUACAGAGACACUGUGUAGUGAUAAUAAAUUUAAGUGUGAUAAUUGUAGCAGUUAUCAGGAAGCCCAAAAAAGAAUGCGGGUGAAGAAACUGCCGACCAUCCUAGCCCUACACCUUAAGAGGUUCAAAUAUGUAGAACAGUACAAUAGGCAUAUAAAAGUUUCCCAUCGAGUGGUAUUUCCACUUGAACUUAGGCUAUUUAAUACAUCUGAUGAUGCAGUCAAUCCUGAUAGGUUGUAUGACCUAGUAGCAGUUGUGAUACAUUGUGGGAGUGGUCCGAAUCGGGGUCACUACAUUAGCAUAGUCAAAAGCCAUGGCUUUUGGUUACUAUUUGAUGAUGAUCAAGUCGAUAAAAUUGAGUCGUCGGCAAUCGAGGACUUCUACGGUCUCGCAGCCGAUACGCAGAAAUCGUCGGAAACUGGCUAUAUUCUAUUCUAUCAAAGUCGUGAGAGUUUAUGAGUCGCCUUUGAUGCCUUAGUAGAUGUGCCGUUCUCCAGGUCUUGGGCCUCGGGUAAGGAUCCCAUGAGGUGGCUUAGGCGAUUUCUAACAAAAACCAGUUGAAGUGAUUUAAAUGGCAAAUACAACAAUGUAUUCAGAGUGUGUGGGCAUUGCCCAAAUGUUACUAAAACUACCAUCUUAAUUUUGAAUUGAAGAAAUUGGUUUUUGUUUGAUACGCGUUUACACUGCGAACAUUUCCGUGAAGUCUGAAGUUUAAUAUUUAGCGGAAGUGUAACUAGAGUAUUUAUCUAUAAAAAAACAGCAGUUUGGAAACCAAUCGGCAUCUUGUAGUUUUUACUCAAAAAAUAUUGGCUAAAUUCAACCUUUUUGUUAGCUUUCCAUAUCCUACAAUUGAAUUCAAUUUGAAUGACAUUCCAAUAGAUAGUCACUCGACAUAUUGCCAAUAGCUGAAGAAACUAUUAGAAUUUAAUGUAAUGUGAUUUUAGCAAUGUGUUUAAGAAAUUCGAAACGUUGAUGGGCCACCAACAAACUCUUUAAAAUGCAAAUACAUCUUUUUAUACACCAUAAAACAAUAAGGAUUGUAAAAAACGGCUUGUACAUAUACUUAAAUUAUACCGAAUAUGUAAAUUGCUACCAUUUUGCUGUUGGCGUGUAUCUUUUGAUCUAAAAGUGUUGAGCGGCACUUAAGGAUGAUAAAAAUUGGCUCUACGCUGUUCAGUUUCUCUAUCGAAUGUUUAAUAAUUAUCCAUAAACUAUACAUAUUCAAAGUCAUAAUAUUAGUAACAUUCGCAUCUAACUAAAGGACCAUGUGAGUGGAAAAAGUAAACAUGUCGUACACAUUUGCUUCUCUCGGUUCUAUGCACAUAAAUUAAUUACUUUUCGUUUACAAGCCAAAGUUUAAGUGGUUUAUUGCUUCAUCAAUUCGUAGUAUCGAAUUGUUCAUUGGUGUAUGUUGCAUGUAUGUGAUGAGUGCAAUACGAAUUAAUCUAUUUAUUUAAUGGUUCCUUGGAUGUUGGUUUUUACAAGUUGGCAACUAUCGCGGACAAAAUUAGUAUGUUAAGUUGUAACAGUAUUAAAGUGUGUCUUAAUGUUGAAGUACAAUUUGAAUUGAAAAUUGUUGUAAAAACCCUGACUGGAUUGCCUCUACUUAAGUAUCCUAAUACCAAAUUAAGACACAUAUAACAAAACUGAUCUGCGAUAAGUCGUUGUAAAAACAAUUAUCUGAAUUAUUGCCUUCGAGGCAAUUUUGAAUGUUUCAAGUCUACUAUUUCGACUGUGCCUAAUUUAGAACCAUCCAAAUUGUAUAUAGGUGCCUAUUCUAAAUGUGUGUAAAAGUGUUCACUACAACAUACUUUGGACUUGUGUUGCUUUUAAAAAUAAUGAAUGUUUUGAAUAUGGAUGUAUUAAGAGAAUACACGAAAGCACUUUUUUAUAUAUCAACUGAUAAUUUGCCACAACGUUCCUUCCGUAGUUAUGCCGACACGAUUAAUUCAACUCUAUUUUUUUUUAAAACUCUUUGCAUUUCCGAAAAUUGAAAUUUAAUAAUCAAUUGUGGUGUAGUUGUGGACUUUUAGUUUGUUUAUAUUUCCGGCCAAUGAGUUGUGUAUGUGCAUAGAGUAUAAAGUAUGUAGCAAUAAACAAAUAAUUUCAAUCAAAAGUGUAUAAAAAUUAUAUAAAAUAUAUCGAACUAAUUUAUCUAUUUAUAAGAAAGUGUUAAUUCAGGGUUACACCUUUGUAAAAUGUCUCUAAAAUGUAUGUAUAUUUGUUCAUGUUCAUCUAGUUUAGAAUUAUUACUACGCAAAAGCUGCUUCUUGGCAGAUACUGUUUUUAUUUUGUAAAUAAUAUAAUAAAUAUUAUUAUGACUUUUAUCAAA